GCACAGCCGAAACGUAAUGAUGCCGACCAAGAGAAUCACAGAUCCAAACCAUCACAAGUCCCUCCACCACGGCCUCCGCGACGUGGCUCGCGGGCACAGGACGACGAGGAAGGCACGCGUCCCAAGAUGAGCGGGACGAAUGACGUCCCCAUGGUCAAUACAAGAUGGAACAAGAAAGUGGAUACGACAACGCCCCCGCUUACGGAGCCUUCUGAGAGAUCUCGCCUUCCGCUACUCCAGACGAGCGCAUUGAACAAUGCGACUCCCAGAGAGCCACCUUCAAUGUCUGCCAACCGCUCUGAGGACGACCGUAUGGACGUGGAUGAUUGGAGACAGGAUUCGAUACCAGAGAAAGUUCGUGACGGGUCGCCUUCCCUAUCGACACCGACAGGACCAGCUGUUACUCGCAAGAGGAAACACGCAGCCUCAGACCUCGAGAGGAAGCAGGAUAUCUGGAGGGAUUUUAUCAGAUUGUGCGACCGCGCUGUUCGAGCAAAAGUAGAUCUCGCCAAGGCAGAGGCCGAACGUCAAAACUGGAGAAGGGCACAGAAGUCUACUAACUAUUCCCGCAUUGGCGAAGCUGGCCGCAUUCGCCUGGAUGGACAUCGGGCAGAGCUUGAGAAAGUUUGUGCCGGUCACUCAGAUAAACUAUCGCAGGCGAUCAGUGAACUUUCGGAGAUUGGAGACAAGUUGAAAUCUGGCAUAGAUUAUGAACAACGUUACGAUAUUGGAAACGAGGUGACGCGCUACUCAAAUGAAGUCGGGGCUUGGUUGUCAGAUAUUCGCCCACUACUCAUUGCCCACACCACCGAACAACUCCAAAAUACUGACCCUCCUGCUCCCCAUGAAGAUGAAUCAUCGGAAGAACCAUCAGCUAUUCCAGACGGUCUAGAUCCACUGCGAUCUCGUUUAGACAAACAGGAGGAGCAACUCGAGGAACUGCGAACAGCGCUGACGCUCGAAUCUUCCAACAAUCCUCUUGCUACUAUCAACAACACAAUUGACAAGAAGAUAGAUCUAUUACGCAAAGAUCGAGCGGAGGCUAAAGCUAAGCUGCCUCCACCGAAGGUUGUCAUACCACCCGAGGCGACGGACGCUAUAGAAGAUGUUUCCCAUAAAGCGGAUGAGCUGAGCGCGGCUAUGCAAGCGCCUAUCAAGGACAUAGCAGAACUACUCCUUCGUCAAAACGACAUACAGAAAUCACAGGCUUCUUGCAAAACUGAGAACGAGGAACUCAAAACAUUAAUAGCCAAGCUUACCGAAACGUCCGCUGCGAAUCGGAAACUGAUCCAAGAACAAACCGAAGCCAUUCACCGUCUCAAGGCUUCGCUCGAGGCAGCUUCUGAAUCACAACGCACUCCUGCACCCCCUGUCGAACCCCCGGUCAAAGUCAUGUUCGACGACCUUCGUGCAGCAGUCAGUGAUGUGCUGCAUGAUAUGGUAUCCCGCGAAGUCGUUCCUACGAUAAAUAGAUUGCGCGACGAUUGCUGGUCAGAAAACCAGCACUUUCAUAAGGAGGUGUUUGAGAUAAUCUGGGAUAAAAUUGAGCCCAGCUUAAAGAUCGCUGAAGCUGUCAACCGGUGGGCAACAAGGUUAGAACUCCCUGCAUCCUAAUGCGUACCUCGUCAAGCCAUCUAUCCACUGUCUACUUGUUUGUAAACAAUCAUCUUACCUGUUCAGCUCUCGGAUUACUCGGUUACUUCCCUUAAUAAGUAAACUUUCUGUACUCGAGUCGGUGCGUCGGUCAAAGCCUCCGGCAUGCUCCAUUGUUACAGUCCACUGUC